AUGGACUCUCACUCAAAAAUUGCUUUACCUCCGUGGCUAUCUUGUUUUUUUUUCAGUGCUAAAUUCGACCAAAUGAAAGACUGUGUGGUGAAGGUGAUGAAGUAUUGUGCGAACUCACUGCCGGAUAGCACCAUCAGAAGAAUUGUAGACGACAAUUUUCCCAACAAAGAAUGUUCUGAAGGCCCCACUCUAAUAUCAUCUUCGUCAGCGGCAUCACCGCUUUGUUCCAGCUCUUUCGUCACUGAAGCAAACGCCUGUGGAAGGACCUUCCGGCAAAUAUUCGUCGCUGACAAAUCGAAUUCCUCUCUUUGCGCGUGAGUUUGUGUAAACUAUCUGUUUUCAUACAAUAAGCUGUAUCCUACACGUAUUCUGAGUGGUUGUUACUUAUGAUGUAAACGUACAGAUUACGUCAACGCUAUCCACUUUGCUUCUUUGUUAUCCAAAGCAAACAGAUUCCGUGAUGCGGUGGUUUUACUCAGAAUAAUAAAUUAACGGAGAUAAUUGAUUAGAGCGCGAUUGUGGAACAAAGAUAAACUUCACACCCUUGUCUUGAGAAUAUUCCCCUGAAAAAAUUGAGAGAUAACAAUAAAUUUGGGAACGGGCGUAAAAAUGUAGAAAAUUUUGUCAAGACGAGAAUCGAAACAUCAUUCCCAGUUCUUUCUCUUAUCCAGAUGUGGAUAAAGAAGCCUUGACUUUAUGUAUCAUUAACUUUAGCAGACAUUUAAAUCCACUAUUUCCUUUAAUUUAAAGCUCUGCAAGAAAGGAAGAAAAAAAGUAAAAUUUUAAAGAAAUUGAUAGAGAAAAGGGACAAAUUAAAAUGCGCCUUGGUUGAGUAUUACAGGAACAACAACAACAAACAAAAAAAACUCAAAUAUCAUGAUCAUUGUUAAUGGUGAUAGAAUUAAUCGACAAAUUAAGAAGAUGCGCUUUAUGGAAAUCCAGUAAACUGACUAGAAUCAAUGCACAGGCAAAUGUCAAUAACCAAGCCGCCUUCAGAGGGUGACGCGAGUUUUGCCGAUCAGAGUUGGCUCGGCUUUGUAAACCGAAAUAGAUCGAAAUCGGUGUAGUCUCAGUUCCAAAACUGCAUAACGAGGGAAACGGGCAUACGUAGAAUGAUUUUGUUAACUUUCAUUGUUUCAGGGAGGAAGCCAAGCGGAAGAAGUGUGUGAAUAAUCUGAUUGAUUCUGACUGCACCUUUUCCUCUGCUGACCGGGAAGUGUUGGACUUGGGGCUUGCUGACUACAAUCCUUUCUGCGCAAACAAUCGGGACCCUGGGGCGACCGGAAAUGAUCAGUGUUAUGGCGUGACAGACAUUUCCUCCGGUAUGUAA